AUGAAUAUACACACGACAGAGGAUACGACAGUUUUGGGUCAAUUCAUACCGAAAGGCACCAGAAUUAUGGGCAAUAUAUGGGCCGUUCAUAACGAUCCCAAAGUAUGGCAUAAACCGCAAGACUUUAAUCUGAAUCGAUUCCUCACAAGUGAUGGCAAAGAAUUACUUAAAUUCGAUUAUUUUAUACCAUUUUCUAUGGGUAGACGUAAUUGUGCCGGUGAGGGGUUAGCACGAGUGGAGGUAUUCCUGUAUUUCGUAUCACUUCUACAACGGUAUACAAUAAGCGCAGCAAAUGAUGGGACAGUCGUGUCAUUGGUGGAGAGAUUCGGGUUAAUACUACAGCCCACGGAUGCCGUUGUUUUCCGAUUUCAAAAACGAGUUUAAAGUAUUGGCUAUAAAUAUAUGUCAUAUUACUAGCAUUAGUUUUCAUAUUGGUUAU